AGGACAUGCAGUGAGUAGUGAUAGGUGUGAUCGGUAAUAGGUAAUGAUGGCAGGGGGGAAGAAAGUAAAAAGGGCAUCUUAUCCUAAAGGCAGUGUAACAAUGAAUGCUCUUUCGCUCUUUGCUCCUUCAAUCCCUUUUCUACUAACUUUUUCAAACCUGAAAGGACUUUUUUUUGCUCGCUCACUUCAAUGCUCUUCUCUCUCUCUCUCUCUCUCUCUCUCUCUUUAUCUCCCCAUCAUCUUCUUUCGGGGUAAGCUUGCGGAAGAGAGAAUGGCUUGUUCAAAAAAGAGCCAUAUGCAUAUCUUUUUUAAUCUGCUACAAAUCGCUAAUCCCUGUUCGGUGCUGUUGCACACCAUCCCAUCCCAUCCCAUCUCAUCCCAAUGCUCAUUCACUCGACAUAUUAUGAAUAUGAAUAUUUUAAACUCCAAAACAAAUCUGUAUUAGAAAAUCUCUUAUAAAACAAAAAAACAAACCCCUAGUGCUUUCUAAGUCUCUUUUGCAACUCCUUAAUUGUUAAUUUA